AUGCCAUGGAGAAUAUCUCUCCUCUUCCUUACUAUUAUAUUUUCAAAUGUCGGUUCGACGCUUAGUGAUGACGAAGAGUUUGGCGGUCUUACAAGAGUUUGUUAUGGAAACACGAGUAGUACAAACAAUUCUACAAGUCUCGAUUUUCAAGACAAUGUUUAUUCACUUCUAUUUCUCCUUGUGGCAGAGUCCUCUUCUUGGCAUCCAACGUUGAGUUUCUUCAAUACUUCGGUCGGUAGAGUUUCCGAUAGGGCUUAUGGUUCGUAUCUUUGUCGAGGCGAUCUAAGUGCUAAGCAAUGUCACAAUUGUUUAGUGAACUUGACGAAAUUUAUGAUGGAUCAGGAGGAUGACAAUUCGGAAUGUAUUGGAUUCGGUGGUUUGAUUAGGUGUAUGGUACAAUAUGCAGACAGGUCGAAAUUUAAGGUGUAUGAAGAGGGUCUUGUGUUCACCUAUCAAGCAAUUGGGAAGAAUAUGACUAACUACGAGCAGUACAACGAGACGUUGUCGAAUUCGAUGCAGGGUAUCGUUAAGGAAGCCGGUUAUGGCAAUUGGACUAAGGCUAAUUUCGCGACUAGGACGGUUGAGGUAACGGGAUCUCAUGAGAAAAUCUAUACAUUGGUUCAAUGCAGGCCUGAUAUAUCUCCGGUAAAUUGCGGUAAAUGCUUAGGGGAAUUGUAUUCUUAUAUUCCAGAUUGUUGCAGUGGUUCAUCAGGUGGAGUUCUUGUCCAUGCUAAUUGUUUGAUGAAGUACAAUAACGAGUCUUUCUAUGGCAAAGCUAACCGUAGUUUUAGGCCACACUAUUUUCAAUUGACAUUUCUGCUGUUACUUACUAUAUUCUUCAAAUUUAUGUGA